AUGGCUGACAUCGAAUACAACGCCGAGGAGGCUGCCGAGAUCAAGAAGAGAAGACAGUUCCGCAAGUUUUCUUACCGCGGCAUUGACCUCGACCAGCUCCUCGACCUUUCCUCCGAGCAGCUCCGUGAUGUCGUUCACGCCCGUGCCCGCAGACGUUUCAACCGCGGCCUGAAGCGCAAGCCCAUGGGUCUCAUCAAGAAGCUCCGCAAGGCCAAGCAGGAGGCCAAGCCCAACGAGAAGCCCGAUCUCGUCAAGACUCACCUCCGUGACAUGAUCGUCGUCCCCGAGAUGAUCGGCUCCGUCGUCGGUAUCUACUCCGGUAAGGAGUUCAACCAGGUUGAGAUCAAGCCCGAGAUGGUUGGUCACUACUUGGCUGAGUUCUCUAUCUCUUACAAGCCCGUCAAGCACGGUCGUCCCGGUAUUGGUGCCACCCACUCUUCCCGUUUCAUUCCCCUCAAGUAA